CUCGCGAGACAACGCGCGAUCAUUAAACUCCGCCUUAAAGUCCGACGAAACUGUUUGAUUGGUCAACCUGCGCACGUGUUUAUAGCUAUUUUAGCAACGCUUAGAACGAAGAUGGAUUAAAACAACGCUAUGUGGAGCAGACUGCUGAGAGUUCCAGUGGUUAAUAGAACAAGUUAUUGGAGAAGUCUCUUUACUAUGCGACUGAAGACCAACGAGUUCCAGUCUCUGUUUACAGAGGGACUGAAUGGACUAGCAGAACUGUUUGCGAAGCAGCAGUAUGAGCUGCGGAUAGCUGGCGGCGCUGUGCGGGACCUGCUGUCUGGGAAGCGGCCCGAGGAUGUGGACUUUGCCACCACAGCGACUCCAGAGGAGAUGAAGCUCAUGUUUCAAAACGCUGGGCUAAGGAUGAUCAACAAUAAAGGAGAGAAGCACGGCACCAUCACAGUUCGGCUGUUCAAUGAGAACUUUGAGGUGACCACUCUGAGAGUAGAUGUUCAGACAGACGGACGACAUGCGGAGGUGGAGUUCACCACCGACUGGCAGAAAGAUGCAGAGCGGAGAGACCUCACCAUCAACUCAAUGUUUUUAGGGCUUGAUGGAACAUUGUACGACUAUUUUAAGGGCUACGAAGACCUCCAGAACCAUAAAGUGCGGUUUGUUGGCAGCGCUGAACAGAGGAUCCAAGAGGACUACCUGAGGAUCCUGAGAUACUUUAGGUUCUACGGCCGAGUGUCUUUAAAGCCCGACGACCACGAGUCUGAGACGCUGGCUGCCAUCAGAGAACAUGGCCGCGGGCUGGCAGCUAUAUCCGGAGAGAGGAUCUGGAUGGAGCUGAAGAAGAUUGUGGUUGGAAAUCUCGCUGCUCAUCUGCUGGAGCUGAUCUACGAUCUGGACCUGGCUCGGUACAUCGGUUUACCCCCUGAUGGCGACGUUGAUGAGAUGAAGCGUGUGUGGCAGAACGCCAAAGACCUCUCUCCCAAGGCCAUGACCAUCCUGGCUGCUCUGUUCCACUCUACGGAGGAGGUGGAGAAGAUGGAUAUCCGACUGAAGGUGUCCCGGGAGGAGAAGACCCUGGCUCUGUUCCUGAUCAGACACAGACGGGAGCUCUGCAGGGAUCAGGAAGGAGCAGACGGCCUCAAACCGUUUACUGACUACAUUAUUGAUACCCGGGAGCUGGACUCUCAGAGCAAAGUGUGUGAGCUGCUGAAGUAUCAGGGAGAGGAGAAGCUGCUCUCAGAGCUCCACAGAUGGUCCAUCCCUCACUUCCCCAUCAGCGGCCAUGACCUCAGGAAGAUGGGAAUCGCCUCAGGAAAGGAGAUUGGUGUUGCUCUACAGAAGCUCCGUGAUGUCUGGAAGAAAAGCCGCUACCAGAUGGACAAAGAUGAACUUCUCAGCCAUGUGAAGCUUUAACGUGGUCAAAUAAAUCCACAAGCUUAGAGCUCCAUGUUGACUCAAACCACUGUUUCCAGUAAACCAUGAUUAGUCUUUAUUUGAUCAGACAGAAUUUGUGAAGAAAGUCAAGCAUUUAAAGAUGGAGGAACUAAAACAGAUGUGCUUUCAUGUGGAAGUAAAACGGCAGAUUUAACAGGAAGUGACUACAGAAGUGAGACGUGCACACUGAGAAUUCCAUUCCAGCUUUCAUCAUCUGAAGGCUACAUUUCAUCAAUUAUGUAAUGUAAGUAUAAGGACGGCCAUUUUCUACAACAUCUGGCUGACUUAAACGUGGUGGCAGCAUGUGUCUCCAUGCGGGUCAUUUCUAGAGGAGGAUCUGUUAAAACGGCUCAAACUGAACAGAACAAACAUUUAGGGCAUCAUCCAUGUAAUUAAUACCAAUUAUUUAGCUUUUAUUUUGAAAAGAGGAAAGUGAACGUUUGUUUCAUGUAACCAGUUAUGCAUAAUGAACUGAAUGUUUAUUAAAGUGUUGUUCUGGGCGUGCUUUGUCCACUC